AUGCCGUCGCCGUUUGGCCAGGGCGGGCCCAUGGGCGACGAUUUGCAUUUUGCGGCUGGGCUGACGGCGGCGGCGGCGACCAGGGACGCUCAUGGCGUCGCAAUCUUCGCCGCGCUGCUGAGCGACCUCCGCGAUUCCAAAUUUGUCACCGAAGACAUCGGGAUCUCAUACGUCUUCAUAGACGCGCGGCCGCAGAAUUUGCAGGGGGCUUUCUUCGGCCAGCCAGCAGCGGAGGAAGGGAUGCGGUCGGCCUUGGAAGAGACGUUCUGCGCCAUAGAUGACGACGCGGCGCCAGCCAUGGUCAAGCUGCUCGUGGACCAGACCAUCAAGUUUUACCGGGCCGCUGAUUUUCCGGAUUGGUUUGCCUGCAGCAUGGAUCUGAUGACUUGCCACGUGCAUUUCUGGAUGUUUGGAGGCGUGAAGGGUUGCCCGUGCGGGCUUGGGUCCGUGGCUGAUGCGUUCAAACAUUUCCUUGCGUUGAUCGCGGCAGUGUUGCGUCGGGUACUGGGGCUCAUGGCCGCCGCGUAUUUUGACGACAAUGGCGAGCAGCCCAUCGGCCAGACGCUGGAGCUGCCCCAAGAAAUCUGCACGGCGUGGAGGCGCCCGCAGCAAAUCUUCCCCGCAGAGGCCAUCGCGCUGACCAUCGCCACAUGGUCGGUGCAUCUCUACGUUCGCCACCUAGGUAUCAUUUGGUUCACCAACAGCGAGACCGCAGCGUCGGCAGGCAGUCGGGGGAUUUCUGAUGAGCCGCAGGUGGAGAUCGCAGCGCAGGUCUCGCACUUGCGCUUGUUGCGGGUGGGGUGCCAGGACCACCGUGCGCUGCUCUUCGGCAGCCGCUUCGGGCCCCGCGGGGAGGAGAACCAGAAGGGCAGGAACGCUGCGGCGUUGCUGGCCGCGCGAGGGCGCGAGGCGGUGGAGGAGCAGAACGAGGAGUUCAUCGACGCUCUCGCGCUGAAGGCGGCCGCCCUCAAGCAGGUGGCAACAGACGUCGCCGAGGAGGCCAAGGGGUCCAUCAGCCUCGUGGAGCACCUGGGGGACAGGGUCGACCGGGCUGCAGCCGUGCUUGGCAAGACCACCGAGAGGUCGUGGGCGCCCCGGCAGCUGGAGCCUCCUCUGGCUGGCCAGCUUCGCGCUCGCGCUGGCCGUGCUCCUCUACGUGCUCGCCCGCGGCGGCGGCGCGGCCCAAGGCGCGGCCGCGGGUGCCUCCUUCCUCGCCGAGAGCGGUGCGCGCGGGAGCGGCCUUCGCGAGGGCGCCGGCGUCGGCGCGGGCACGGCCUUCCUCGGUGCAGGCCUUCCCGGGAGGCAGCAGUGAGGACCCGCCGCACUCCGCGCAGGUGCCAGGGCGGAGCAGGGCGGAGGUGGAGGCGCGCGCUGGCCGUGAGGGAACAGCAGGCUCGCAGCUGGCGCGCCACGAGCCACGUGCACAGUACGUACUGAUGGGCCGAUGUCCCACCAGCGCGGCCUCGCCAUCCUCCCUUCUCCCCCGUCCUACCUGUGGUAGUGGUGGUGGAAAAUUUGUCCAUCACGUACCAGUCGGCCCUUCUGAUUCCGAGAGCUAGCCAGCGGCGUGUGCAGUAGCCGCCCGGCGGGCUCGCAGACUUAGUCGGCUGCACAUAAAACCAGUGGGCAGGCCGCCGCCCGUGUGCACAAA